AUGCCAACAAACAAGAAGCGCCAGGCGGAGCCCACCGCCAAUACUGCGAAUAAGCGACGAGCUGGAGCUGGCGCCUCCGUCGCAGCACCAACUACACGGAUGACCCGCUCAGCCUACAAAAAACUCAACCAGGCAGGCGAGAAGACGGCCAAACUCGAACAGGGUCUGCCCAUGGAGACCCGCCGACGCAGAAAACAGCAGCAGUCUCAGCCAGCGGCGACCACCGUAGCAUCCUGUAAGGAUGUCUCGUCGCCUCAACCUCCCACCGUCGACCUUGCGCUGGGCGUGACGGCAGGGGGCGCGCAGGUCCGUAUCCCGAUGGAGAUCGACGAUGAUGCCGCUAGUAGGCCGGGCAGCUUGGAUGAUGCAGCGGGGUCUGCCACGUCGGCGGAGACGGAGCGUUCGUUUGACACGGCCAAGCAGGCUGGGUUGUGUUAUUUGGCGGGAGUAGAGGACGGGGAGGAUGACACGGGCAGGCGGAGCUUCACCACUGUGGUGUAUGCUACAGGCGUCACGCCGGAUGAACACCAGGAAGCCAAGAGGCUGCUGCUGCUGCUGCUGCUAAUGUAG